AUGAACGUGCAAGUCCAGCAGCUGCUCAAGGCUGCCUUUCCUCUGGCAAGGUCAUAUGGCUUCACGCGUCAAGCUCUUUCUCAGGCGGCUCUUUUACUCCCCAAACCUCACUCCGAACCUCUGCCAGAUACUGCUGUCACUGCACUCUUUGGUUCCGGAGAUGAUGCGCCCCGGACCUUCUUUAAAGCAUGGCUUGCAGAGGGACGGAAUAAUAUGGAAGAGAGCGAAGGAAAAUCGAUUAAUGGCCUGCUAAAGCACCGACUACGCUGGAACGAGCCGGUGCUGCAAUCCCUUCCGGAGACAUUCGCAUUAAUGGCAUCGCCUUCAUUAGCUAUUCCCCCUUUUGAUGUACGCCCGGCCGUAGAGCAUGUGGCAUCCAUUGCGGACCAAGCAUGCUACCUCUCUGGAGACAAGAGUACCGAGAACUCCUGGUAUGCAAAGCGGGCAGUGCUCGCAGCUGCGUACGGUGCUGCAGAACUGCAUCAACUCAGCUCUCCCAGCACUGCAGCUGAAUUUCUUGACGAUUUAUUGAAAUCGUCACGGGAAGCAGAAUUCGCACUUCAGAGUACAGCUCAGUUUGCACAAUUCGUGGGCAGGAGUUGGGCUGGCAUUUACCGGAGCCUGCGUCUUCGUUGA